AAAACAUCAUUCUUACCGAGUACAGUACGCAUAAAAAUUUAUUCUAAUCAGCUGCUUUGGCGUAAAUAAAAAUCAGCUGAUGGGACAAAUUCAGAGCAUUUUAUCUUUUAGAGUUUUAAAUAAACGCAUUUUAAAUGAAAGUGAUAGUACAAAGAGUUUCCGCCGCAAAAGUUACUGUUGGUGACGAACUAAUAAGCUCCAUUGGACGUGGAUUAUGUGUGCUCGUGGGUAUAACACAUACAGACACUGAAAAAGAUGUUGAAUAUCUUUCACGAAAACUGCUUGCAAUACGCUUAUUCGAAGACACAGCUGGUAAACGUUGGCAGAAAAGUGUUAAAGAUGAACAACUGGAAAUAUUGUGUGUUUCUCAGUUUACACUCUAUCAUCGAUUGAAAGGAAAUAAACCAGAUUUCCAUUUAGCAAUGCAAGGUGAUGCGGCGCAGAAUUUAUACAACUCAUUUCUUAAACGUUUGGGUAGAGAUUAUGAUGAGUCAAAAAUUAAAGAUGGUAAAUUUGGUGCUUACAUGCAAGUGCACAUACAAAAUGAUGGUCCCGUUACUGUUGAAUUAGAAUCACCCGUGGAAGUUAGUAAACAUUCUCAAACAAAAGUGAAUAAUUCAAAAGAAAUAAUACAGCCUGAAUGUACGUCUAUUGACAUCGAUAAAUGAAGUAAAUAAAUAUUUAUUUAGGAAACAUA